UCCUCCACUGCUCCCCCCUCUCUCUACGAAAACACUUUCGGGAAGAAUAAAGUUUUUCCUGUGCUCAGCCAGUCUUUACUCAGAGCCAAACCGUGGCCUAGCAGGAAGAACGGCUCGACUAUGUGGAGAAAGAAACGGGCACUUGGGGAAUCCUUGGCUUGUCUCGUAUUUCUCGUGACGCUCGUCGAUGCUUAUCGAUUCCUGAGCCAGAGCACAGCCACCCAGUUCCUGAGCAGGCACAGGAGAGCCAACUCUCUGUUUGAGGAGAGCAAGAAGGGCAACCUGGAGAGGGAGUGCAUCGAGGAGCUGUGCAACAAGGAGGAGGCCAGGGAGAUCUUUGAGAACCAGCCAGAGACGGAAUACUUCUACCCCAGAUAUGUUGGGUGUCUGGGUUCUCACCGUGUCGGCAUCAACAAUCCAAACUCGGAUGCCAUCCCGUCAGACCUGCGUACCUGUGUGACAGAGAUCAGUAACCAGUGCACACCGCCUCCAUGCUACAAGGAGGGUUCAAAGCGAUGUGUGGACGGACAGGCCUCCUUCACCUGUGAGUGUAAACCCGGCUGGAAGGGGCUGCGCUGUGAGGACGACAUCGAUGAGUGUUCAGAUCCUGAGUUUCCAGCAGGAUGUAACCAAAAAUGCUACAACUUACCCGGUAGCUUUUACUGCAUGUGUGAAGAAGGCUACAUCAUCCAUGACAAAAUCAACUGUGAGGAUAUUAAUGAAUGCCUGCUGUACCCCAGAAUCUGUCAAGAGCCAGCUAAAUGUGUCAACACACCGGGCAUGUAUGAGUGCAAGUGUCCCCUGGGUUUCAAAUAUAACUUUACUUCCAAGACCUGCAAUGAUAUAGACGAGUGUGAGUUGGAUGUGUGUGACGGGACUUGUAUGAACACGGUGGGCAGCUAUGUGUGCCACUGUGAUGGUCGCCAGGGUCUUCGCUUGGCCGAGGAUCAGCGCUUCUGUGAAAGUAUUCCUGUUUGUGUUGACCUGUACGACCACAGACACCCUGAGAUGCUUUACCUGGGGGAGCAGUUUGCAGGCCUUCCUGUCAUCUAUCUGCGCUUCCGUCUGCCGGAGAACACAAAGUUUGCAGCAGAGUUCGACUUCCGUACAUUUGACCCAGAGGGGGUUGUGCUGUACGCAGAGUCCUCUCAGGACUCGUGGUUCAUGUUGGGGCUAAGAGGAGGUCGCAUUGAAGUCCAGUUCAAAAACCAGCACACAUUCAAGGUCACCAGUGGAGGAAAAUCCAUCAAUGAUGGACAAUGGCAUGUGAUCUCUGUGGAUGAACUGGAGAGCAGCAUCAGUGUGAAGAUCAGCAAGGAAGCUGUGAUGAGCAUCAACAGCCCUGACAGUCUCUUUACUUCAGUUAAUGGCAAACUGGAGACCAAAGUGUACAUCGCUGGGCUGCCCAACCGCACCGACAACGUCAUCAAACCUAUCAACCCUCGACUGGACGGCUGCAUCCGGGGCUGGAACCUGAUGAAUCAGGGAGCAUCUGGCGUAAAAGAGGUCAUCCAGGAGAAGAAGAGUAAACAUUGCUUUGUGUAUGUGGAACGAGGGUCUUUCUUCCCUGGUGGAGGACUGGCACGCUUCAACAUUGACUACAGUGAUUCUGGGAGCUGGAAUGUGGAUUUAAAGAUGAACAUACGUCCGUCCAGCAGCACAGGCGUCCUCUUUGCUCUUGUCCAAAACAACACAGUCCCUCUGUCGGUGGCUGUGGUCACACAGGGAGAAGAAGAUGCUAACCUGCAGGUGUUCUUGGAUGGCGUCUCCGUUGCAACGCUGGACUCACUGAUGUUGUGUUAUCCUGACCGGCUGACCGUGCAGCUGAAUGUGACUCCUUCUGAAAUCCAAAUCUCAGCCAACGCCUCCACUGUUACCUUCAUCAAGUCUGACUCUCUGCAGGAUGCACUGAAGCGCCUCAACAGCACCAUGCAGGACCCCGUCAGUACAUAUGUUGGUGGGAUACCAGAUGAUGUCCCUUUACCUGCCACCCCUAUCACGGCCUUUUACCACGGCUGCAUGGACAUCACUAUCAGCGGGCAGCAGCUGGACUUCGACGAGGCUCUCAGCAAACACAACAGUAUUAAGUCCCAUUCGUGUCCUCCUGUGUCUGCCCCUGAGAGUCACCGUGAAGCACACCACCCGCACAGAAAGUGACCUUAAUUAACAUCACAUUAAAAAGCCCUCAGUCCCACAGUGACCACUUUUUGGGACAUUUUGGAAAGAGAGAUAUAGACAAGGAUAGGAGACAUUAGGGAGGGAGGGAGGGGACGAGAGAGAAGAGGAGACAGAGGUAGACAGAUAUAGUCAUUUUUGUCGACUUUCUCUGAUGGGUUCAUUUUAAUCUUUGUCUUGUGCUUUUUAUCCAUACAGUAUUAUUUUCUUCCUGUCCAGGGAGUUUUUUUUUUCAAUUUUUUUUUUUAGUGAGGCAAAACGAAAGCUGGCUUGCCAUUGAGCAAGUUAGAAGCUGGAUGGCUGGAUGACGUAGUUGUAGCAGUUUGUUGCAAUUAAUUAAAUGCUUUCCAAAAAAACGUUCGAAAAGAGCUGAGCUCUGUAGCACGCAUACCAUGUGUUGAGCAAGAGAUGGUUAUGUUUGUGUAGAAGAAUAAACAAAUGGUCACUGUUGACCAGGCUUUGA